AUGGCCCCAAUCACCAAGACCCUCGCCCUCGCUGGCGCUCUCUUCGCCAUCUCUGGCUUCGCUGUCCCCGUCAACAAGCGCGCUGUCGUGUGGGAGACCGUCACUGACGUCGUCUGGGAGACUAUCGAUGUGACCACCACCAUCCACCCCGGCCAGGCCACCGUCAUCCCCGUUGUGACCUCCACCACCGUCCAGACCACCCCCACGGUUCAGCCCACCCCCGCUGGUCAGGAGCUCGAGGAGCAGGCGGCCAGCACUAGCGCCGCUGGCCCGUCCACCACUGCCAGCCCCGUUGUCAACGCUGCUGUGGCCCAGUCUAGCUCGAGCACCUCUUCUAGCUCGACCAUCUCUUCUAGCUCGACCAGCUCUGCUUCUCCCGCUUCCACUUCGACCACCAGCUCUGGCUACAACGGCUCCUGCGACGAGAGCUCCCCCUGCAGCGGUGACAUCACCUACUACGACACUGCCACCACUGCUUCCAACCCCAGCUCUUGCGGCACCACCAACGACGGCACCACCGAGCUCGUCCUGGCCCUGCCCCACGGCAUCAUGGUCGAUUCUGACUGCGGCAAGUCCGUCACCAUCACCUACAACGGCGUCUCCAAGACCGGUACCGUCGUCGACAAGUGCAUGGGCUGUGACGACACCUCCAUCGACCUGUCUCGCGCUUUCUUCGAGGCCGUGGCCGGCUCUCUCGAUGCUGGUCGCAUCUCCGGUGUUGACUGGUACAUCAACUAA